GGCGUCCCAACCACGACCACAUCGUCCCUUAAAAAAGGUUUUUAACGCAACAUCUCGAGCGGCCUGGUGACAAGUGAAGAGUGUUUGACAGUGUGAAAACAUCACGUGUGCGUAGACAUAUGUACAUAUGUAAUUUACUAGCAUUAGAGUAAUGAGUUUUGCGCCUGAUGAAUUAAAAACAUAAUUAUUGCGGUAAUUUUAACGUAAUUCAUGAUGUCGAAUAUCUACGAUAAUUUCCCGUUAAAACCGCUCAUCAAAGGUAAUGAAACAACAGAAGAUCAAGAUAAUAAACAAAAAAAACGCAAAUCAAAUCCAGAUGUCCACAAAAUAACCCAAAAUAUUCUGCACAAAAAACCGAAAUCGUCCCGCUCGUUUUCUGAGGUUUUCUUCAAAAAUCACAACGAUUAUUCCGAGGAAAAAUUUGGAAGUAGUGAAACGAUCAAGGCCACCAAUGGGAAAAAUCACGACGAGGUAAGUAUAAAGUCAAAAAACUCCAUUGAAGAUUUGAAAAAAUUGGCCAACGUUCAGUCCACCCCAACUUCUACGUUUGAUGAUGGUUACGAAUCCUCAAACAGCACCCCACUGGUUUCAGGUAGAGGAAAAGCCAGAUAUUCAAAUCCUUCCACGAAUUUAGUUUUAACAUGUACGUUAAAAAAAAAGGACCUCCACGUUCAACUCGAAGAAGACGAGCAAGAAUCCUUCGUGCUAUCGACGAGCUCGUCGCAACCUGGAGAAAUAAUACCGGACGAUUUCCCGGAAACCGCCUACGACCAGCGCGAAACAUGGAGCUCGAACACCGAUUUUUUACUUUCGAUAAUCGGGUUCGCUGUCGAUUUGGCGAACGUGUGGCGGUUUCCCUAUCUUUGCUACCGGAACGGGGGAGGUGCCUUUUUAAUACCGUACACUUUAAUGUUGGUAUUCGGGGCGGUGCCAUUGUUCUACAUGGAGCUGAUCUUGGGCCAGUUCAAUAGACAGGGACCCAUCAGCCUGUGGAGGAUUUGUCCUUUGUUCAAAGGAGUUGGUUUUUGUGCCGUAUUGGUAGCGUUUUAUGUUUCGUUUUAUUAUAACGUGAUUUUAGCAUGGGCCCUGUAUUUUCUGGCUUCGAGCAUAGCGGCCGAGCUGCCCUGGAUGCAUUGCAACAAUACGUGGAACACCGACAAAUGCUGGGAGAGCAUGUUACCUGGUGUGAACGAAACUAGAAAAAUAACAAGUUUGAUUGUCAACGAAACCGUCCGGACCAGCAAGCACACUCCCGCCUCGGAGUUUUUUCAUCGGGCUGUUUUGGAGAUGCAAUGGAGCGAUGGAUUGCACGAUAUGGGUUAUCCAAAAUGGCAAUUGGUAGUUUGUUUGGUACUUAUUUAUAGUAUGCUGUAUAUUUCGCUUUUUAAAGGAGUAAAAUCUUCGGGAAAAGUUGUUUGGGUUACUGCAACAAUGCCCUAUGUGGUCCUAACGAUACUUUUAAUCCGGGGAUUGAUGUUGCCCGGAGCCAUUUCCGGUAUAUCCUAUUAUCUGCAUCCGGAACUUUCCAAAUUAAAGGAAACACAGGUUUGGGUUGAUGCUGCAGUUCAAAUAUUUUACUCAGUUGGGGCGGGAUUUGGAGUGCACUUAUCAUAUGCAAGCUACAAUACUUUUCACAAUAAUUGCUACAGGGAUUGCAUUAUAACCACUAUAGUCAACUGUUUUACAAGUUUUUUCUCUGGAUUUGUCAUAUUUACGUACUUGGGUUAUAUGUCUUAUAAACAGGGUGUUCAUAUAAGUACGGUGGCAACGGAAGGUCCCGGUCUUGUUUUCCAGGUAUACCCUGAAGCAGUGGCAACAUUACCCGGCUCGCAUUUAUGGUCUGUCCUAUUUUUCUUUAUGCUCAUAAUGCUUGGACUGGAUUCAGCGAUGGGUGGCCUGGAAUGCGUAAUCACCGGUUUAAUGGACGAAUUUUCGACAUUCUUCAAGGAAAAGAAAUAUGCGCGGGAAAUUUUUACCCUUGGUAUUAUUAUCGCAUCUUUCUCUGUCGCCCUUGUCAACGUUACGCCGGGCGGUAUUUACAUGUUCAAUUUAUUUGAUACUUAUUCCGCUGGAAUAUCACUGCUAUGUUCAGCUCUAUUCGAGGCUAUUGCAGUGUCAUGGUUUUAUGGUUUAGAUAGAUUUACACAGGAUGUUGAAGCAAUGCUGGGAUGGAAACCAGGUUUAUACUGGAGAGUUUGCUGGAAAUUUAUAAGCCCCACCUUUAUUAUUUGUGUUGUCAUGUUUGGUCUACUUUACCAUGAACCUUUAAAGUAUAAUGAUUAUUUGUACCCAGACUGGGCAGAGUGGGUUGGCUGGGGUUUAGCACUUUCUUCGAUAAUGAUGAUACCAUUUGUUGCUAUUUUUCAGUUGUUAAAACAAAAAGGAUCUUUUAAGGAGAGAGUUGCUAUUUGUAUUUCACCAGUGGAAGAACACGACGAAAUAAGAGCUAAUAAGUUAGCCAGUAGGUUUAAAGCAAAACAUUGGUUAUUUGUGUAAAUUCCUAAAAAUAUUUUUUCAAAAAGGUUUUUUUAAUUUUCAUGAGGUAACUUAAAAUUCCUUUAAUACCUACUUAAUGAUAUUUAUUUAUUUUAAACUUAGUUCCUAGUUAAAAAGUUUAAAAAUGAUCUCCUAAACUAAGGACCAUUUAUUUUUAUGUUAAAAAGGUUCUAAAAAGGGUAGAAAAGAUUUGUUGUCCCAGCACAAUUAGAUUGUAUAAUAAAUUAAAGUAAGGAAAAUAA